CUUGAUAAACAGCAAUGGCGAAGAAGUUCAGUAACAUUAUCUUCUACCUGACCCUGAUAAUCAUAGCGAUCUGUGUGGCCUGCAUCUGGAUGUUCUCGGGAUUCCGUCACGAGUAUGGCAAAUUCAACAUGAUCCUGGUUGCUUUCCUGGCCGUUACUUUACUUCAGAUCCUGAUUUUUACGCCCAUCAAGUUCACAAUUUUGUCGCUGGAUGCCGCCUUCUGGCCGGCCCACCAAGCCCCGGAGACUCCCAACGAGAAUGCCAAUGUGGACACGUUCAUGGAUAAUCUCCGACUGCGACUCCGGACGCUGCGGAGUGAGCUGAUGAUCACGGAGAGGCAUCGGAACGAGAGGGUGAACCUGAAGUAUCGCCUGAUUACCGAGGAACUCUGGCUCACAGGCAAGCUUUUCCUGGUUUACUUCUUCAUGGCCUUAGCUUUCUUCGAUGAGUUGCUGUACUUCAACACAGAGGCCACUGAGAUACUGUUCCAGUAUAAUCGUGGGGAUGCGUUCGGACUAUUCCAUGUGGCGGAUGUGCCGGAUAUAUAUUUUUUUGUGGUGACCUCGUUGGUGCUGGCCUUUACAGAUGGCAAGAACACCAGUGGCGGAGCCCCUUGGAUCCAUGCGGAGGGCACUAGACUACUGGGCGUGGUGAGGUUGAGGCAGCUGAGGACGGAGAGCAACCGAUUGGGUCUAUCGCUUCCCGUGUUCACCGAGCGGGACUUUGGGGAGAGCUGGACACUGCCCUACGAAAGGGUUCCCUAUACGGACAAGUACUGGCCCAUCUACACACCCUGGCUGCCCAGUGUGUCUGUGGCUCGGGACAACCUACUUAUGGGCAUCAACCACGUGGGGCACAUGUUCAACUAUCCGGAAUCGAAGGGCUACAAGGUACUGCUCUCGGACACCCGCUACAAAAGCCUGCAAAUUAUUGAUUACUUGAUGAACAAAAACUGGCUGGAUGCCAAUACGACAGCUUUGUUCAUGGACUUUAGCUUGUAUAACGCGGAUGCCAAUACCUUUACCGUGUGCACCUUGUGGGUGGAGAAGUUUCCCUACCAGUAUCCUGAUGGGCACAUGAAGGUCGAGAGUCACACGUUUGUGGAGCAACUGCGGGAGUUUACGAAGUUCGGAAUGCUAAUGGUGUUUGUCUUUGUCGUCACGUGGCUGCAGUUCACCAAGGCGUUCUUCGUGAAGGUCUGGUACGAUCCUCGACAGCUGAAGACCCUGUGGGUCCUGGUGGAUGCAAUGAUCGUGGCACUCAGCGUCAUUGUGGGGAUGAUCAUGGCGGUGCGGGAUAACAUGGUUCAAAAGAUGAUCAAGAAAGUUGAAAUCGCCGUUGUGGUGGACUUUCUGGACUUUCGGGAGCCCGCCCAGCUCUCCUACCUUGAGGAUGUGGUCACGGGAUUGACCGUGGCCCUGGUCACUAUGCGUUUGUGGAAGGUGAUGCAGUUUUCUGCCACCUUCCAACUGUUCACCAAGACAAUCGCUAUGGCGUGGGACGCGUUGCUCUGCACCUUCGUAAUAACCGUAAUUUUCAUCAUUGCAAUUGGCAUUGCGACGGUCACCAUCAAUGGCAACUAUACCAGCAACUUCAGGGACUUCCCCAAGGGCAUUGUUACGGUCACCUGCUUUGCUUUUGGCUAUACGAAUUUAGUGUACCCACCGGACAUCUUCUACGGCGGAGAGUGGCUGGGCAUCGUAUUGUAUACCAUAAUGGGAUUCGUGGUCAAGUACAUGCUGAUCAACUUGAUCGUUUCCAUGAUGAGGGAUCAGAUGGCCAGUGUCAAGGCGGAUAGGGAUAAGAAAGUGAGGCAGCGCAUAACAUUCUGGCAAUUCCUGCGCGUUGAAUAUGCCUUCUUCAUUAACUACAUCGUAAAAGUGUUCCACUGCCAAAGGGGAUAUCAGCGAAAGAAUCGCACAGUUGCACAGAACAUCCAACGAGAACUGAAUAGUAUCGAGCUUAAGCGUCGAAAGACGAAGAUAAGUUCAAUUUAUUCCGAGACAAUCUAUGUCAUGCCGAUAAACAAGGAUCUGGAGCAGAUGAAAUAUAGGGAGCGGAUCGAGCGAACCUUCACUCUGGCCGCCAUUCUCCACACCCAAAUGGAGCUCAUGGAGAGGCUUAUGUUCGGCGACGAAGAGGGAAACCUGCCAAGUCUGGACCAGGAUGACGAGCAGAUUACGGAUACUGAGGAGGACUGAAGGAAGACAGCUUAACUGCAGUUUAGACAAUGCAAG